AUGCCGGGUCAACUUCGGCCUCUGAGUCCGCUGCCGACGACGCCGCGGAAGCCGCGAACACCAGGUCGACCGCGGAGUCCGGUACGGAGACAGCCUCCGAACCUGCGGCCAUCAGCGCCGCCGCAACCAAGGGCGCCGGCGCGACCACCGAGCCCUGUGGGAGAGCCUCCGGCGACACCGGCUCGACCCUCAAGCCUACCCGCCGAGUCAGCGAGCUUGACUAGCCCGUCGCACCGCACGUCGAGCACGAACACCAGCCCUCGACGUGCGCCGGGCCCGUCAAAGCGCUCGCGAACGCCGGAGCGCUUCCGGGACCUCCGGGCCAAGCGGCGGAAAUCACAGCUGCCCAAGAUCCGGGCCAUUACGGCGGUGCAGUGCAACCCGGUGACAGCGGCCCGGCUGAGGGAACUGUUCGGCGAGGAAGAGGAGAGUUCCCCCACGGAAGAAUAA